AGUUUGUCACAGCCUUGCGUGGGUCCUGCUUCCUCGCUGGCCCAAUGUGAAACAGAGCUGAAGCGUCGGUGCCGCGCCUCCUCUCUCCCUCUUCUGGCCACUGCGCAGCCCUAACUGGCUUCGCUCCACUACCCGCAUGAGCUCAGGAAGCAAGAUGUCAGCAUCCUUCUCCACCAGCGACAGCUCAGGGAAGCCCAAAUACCCGCUCCCCAAGCGGGGGAGCCUGCAGAGCAUCACCAGCCCUGCGGGGGAGGGUACAUCGACUGUCCCAGGCCUCGUUAAAUGUCCCAGCAUCCCGCAGGAGCUCAGACCAGGCCACUACGACAGUAACUGUGAGAGCAGAACAAGACAGGGCAGAGGAGAUCUGUGUGGUGUAUCUGGGCCCAAACCCCUCAAGUCUCAGCGUUCCCUCCCAGGAACCCCUGUCUCUCUAAAGCACUUCCCUGUUGACCUACGAACCUCCAUGGAAGAGAAGUACAAAGAGAUUGCAGAGGAGCUGUUCACACGCAGCAUGGCAGAAAGUGAGAUGCGCAGCGCCCCCUAUGAGUUCCCGGAGGACAGCCCCAUCGAGCAGCUGGAAGAGCGUCGGCACCGUCUCGAGAGGCAGAUCAGUCAGGACAUUAAGCUUGAGCCCGAGAUCUUGCUCCGCGCCAAACAGGACUUCAUGAAAAUCGACAGUGCCACAGACCUCGAGUUAAUGAAGGAGAAGAGUGUUGAUGCUGUUGAUAAUGGCAUUAAAGAGCGGGAAAUGCCAAUGGAGAGAGAGUAUCAGCGGGUCUCAAUAUCUGGAGAAGAGAAAUGUGGGGUGCCAUUCACUGACCUGGUUGAUGCUGCCAAGUGUGUGGUGAAGGCUUUGUUCAUUCGGGAGAGGUACAUCAACAGAUCCUUGCAGUCCUUUUGCAAGACCACAGCUCACGCCUUGCAGGACCUCGGCUUGAAGCCGCUGGACAUGGAGAUCUAUGACAAAUUCCCCGAGACCCCCGUCGAUGCUGGUAUCACAUAUGCCCCCGUCCACCCACCCGUUUCUGAGACACACCCUUAUGACAAUCUGGACCCUAAAAAUCUGCCCUCAGAUACAGGAUAUGGUUGCAAGAUGAUAGAUGGAGUAAUGCAUGUUUACACCAAGAAGAACACCAUGGAGAAAAGUACACUAUUAGACCUGCCGUAUCCUGACCUGAAAGAAUAUAUCGCAGACAUGAAUGUAAUGAUGGCCCUCAUCAUUAACGGCCCCGUGAAGUCUUUCUGCUACCGUCGCCUACAGUACCUAAGCUCCAAAUAUCAAAUGCACAUCCUCCUAAAUGAGAUGAAGGAGCUAGCAGCACAGAAGAAAGUUCCUCACAGAGACUUUUACAACAUACGCAAAGUAGACACGCACAUACACGCAUCCUCCUGCAUGAACCAGAAGCACCUGCUGCGCUUCAUCAAGAGGGCCAUGAAGAAAUACCCUGAGGAGAUUGUUCACAUUGAGCGCGGUCGGGGUCAAACCCUCAAGGAGGUGUUCGAGACUAUGAAUCUGACGGCCUUCGACCUGAGCGUGGACACGCUAGACAUGCAUGCGGACCGCAACACGUUCCAUCGCUUUGACAAGUUCAAUGCCAAAUACAACCCCAUUGGAGAAUCCAUCCUCAGAGAGAUAUUCAUCAAGACUGACAACCACGUUGAGGGGAAAUACUUUGCACACAUAGUCAAGGAGGUUAUGUCCGACCUUGAGGAGAGCAAGUACCAAAACUCGGAGCUGCGACUAUCCAUCUACGGUCGCUCCAGAGAUGAAUGGGACAAGCUGGCCCAGUGGGCUGUCAAACACCGGGUGUAUUCAGAUAACGUGCGCUGGCUUAUCCAGGUGCCCCGCCUAUUUGAUGUGUAUCACACAAAGAAGCAGCUGGCUAAUUUCCAGGAGAUGCUGGAGAAUAUCUUCCUGCCACUGUUUGAAGUCACCAUCAACCCUCAGAGUCAUCCUGAUCUCCAUCUCUUCCUGGAGCACGUGGUGGGCUUCGACAGCGUGGAUGAUGAGUCCAAACCUGAGCACCACAUUUUCAAUCUGGACAGUCCUCUGCCAGCCAACUGGAGAGAGGAGGACAACCCGCCCUACUCUUACUACCUCUAUUACACUUAUGCUAAUAUUACAGUGCUCAACCACCUGCGAAGGAGGCGAGGCUUUCAUACAUUUGUGGUGCGACCUCACUGUGGGGAAGCUGGGCCAAUCCACCACCUGGUGUCAGGGUUCAUGUUGUCAGAGAACAUCUCCCAUGGUCUGCUGCUCAGAAAGGCCCCUGUGCUGCAGUAUUUGUACUACCUGGCCCAGAUCGGCAUCGCCAUGUCCCCCCUAAGCAACAACAGCCUGUUCCUGAGCUACCACCGCAAUCCGCUGCCAGAGUACCUGUCAAGAGGCCUCAUGGUGUCCCUGUCCACUGACGACCCCCUCCAAUUCCACUUCACCAAGGAGCCUCUCAUGGAGGAGUACAGCAUUGCUACUCAAGUGUGGAAGUUGAGUUCCUGUGACAUGUGCGAGCUGGCAAGAAACAGUGUUCUCAUGAGUGGCUUUUCACACAAGGCCAAAAGCUACUGGUUGGGCCCAAGCUAUUACAAAGAGGGCCCGGAGAGCAACGACAUCCGCCGCACCAACCUCCCCGACAUCCGGGUGGCGUACCGCAGCGAGACGCUCUCCGAGGAGCUGCAGCUCAUCACCCACGCCGUGCGCACCGAGGAGCUGGAGACCAUCAGCGAGGAGGACUCCCUGUGCAUGGGUCCUCUGCCCAGGUGCUGCUGAACAUCAUCCGUCAUGUCGUGUGGCACCCGAGGUUGUCGUAAGGAGCUAGUCCUACCUGCGCACUUCAAACCCUCACGCACACGGCGUCAUGAAGGUCGGCUAGGGUACUGACAUCCAUCCACUUAUCCAUCCACCCAUCCAUCCAUCUAUGUGUACACAAUGUGAUGCAUCUUUAAGCGGAGUUCUUUGAUGAAUGUUGGAUACACUGCAAAAGCAAAUUUUUGCGGCACAAAGCACAGCGACAAGCGCGAUUCCUAUUAUUCCUUCGUGCUUCUGGCAGAAUUCAGCAAACAUUCCACGAGGAGCGAGUAAGAAUGAUGACGUUCUUGUGGAGUCCCAUAAAUCUGACGUGCAUUCAAGCAGCAGCAGGAGAGCUUCUUUGCCUCUUUGUGGCCAUGAAGAACGCUCCCUCCACACUCAUUCCUUAUUGACCGCACAGACCUGAAGGUUUAAAAAAAACAUUACUAUUAAUAUUAUUAUCGGUUGUUCCUUUGCAUGCAUCGCACUGUACAUAAGCACCAAGAGUUCACAGUGCCUUGUUCAUUCUUCUUUAUGCAGCACUAGCUGCAUCUAGAAUCGAUUGUUAUAACAAGAGUGUAACUGAAGGGGAUUUGUUUUAUUUUUAUUUGCAUGCCUGCAUGUUGAUUAAAUGAGUUAUUUAAAGCAAGCUGUAAUGUAAGGCAAGGUGCCCACCAACCAGCCAGAGAGUUUGCAUAUAUAUAUAUAUAUAUAUACUACGAUUCAAAAGUUUGAGCUCACUUAUAAAUUUUAUUUUUGAAAAAGAAAAGCAUCGUUUUUUUUCAAUCAAAAUAAAAAUCAGAAAUACAGUCUAGGACAUUCUUAAUGUGGGGAAAAAAACGGUUUUCUUUUUAAAAUAUCUUUCUAAGUUUCACCACACUUUUAAAUGGUAUGUCUUGUUUUUUUUAUCUGCUCAUUGACCAUGUAUGAGCACACCAUGCCGGGUCAUGGUUCGGACUGUUGCUUGCUUCUUGUAGCGAUUCAAACUUGACAUGCCACAGCUCAAAUACUUGUGUUUCACCUGUUGAGCGCCAUCUAACCUCACAUCCCAUAAUGUCCACAAUCUCAUUCAGGCCACCUAACAUCUAUGUGAAGGAUUUAAAAGCAUGUACAGUGUUGCCUUGAGAUACGAGUGAUCUGAUUUAAGAUUUUUUUUAGAUAUGAGCUGUCGUAGCGGUUUUUUUUGUAUGCUUUGACUUGGGAGCAAAAUUUAAUGGUGACAUUGAACUCAGCAGAUAGCGAACAAUUCUUCAAAAAGAAGCUUCAAGCUGUUUAAUGGCACUACCAGUAUUAGUUCACUGUCAAGCCCAACAUAAAGCAAAGACAAUUAUUGUAUAUUUAAACAACCACAUAGCUUUGCCUUAAGUCCAUUAUUUUAAUGCUAAGAAACAAUGCAAAACGCCACAGACAGGGUAACGAAUAGCGUCUAUUUGGCGGUGUUAUAAUGCUUUACGGGUAUUUGAAUACAGUGCAUCAACACAGUCAGACAAUAUACACAUGUGUACUGUCCCCAGUGGCCAAGUCAUGCACACCAGAAGGAGCCACAAAGAAUUGAUCAUGAUCCACAAAUUUUUGUAUUCUUUAUAUUCCGUUUAAUUAUGUAAUUACUGGAUGGUUUUAUAAAGUACAAUAGUAAAGAAUUCUAUUUUCUUUAUUAAAAACACAUUAUAAAAUUUUGGUUUGGAUUUUGGAUCAGAUUAAUGGCAUUUCCAUUUGUUUCUAUGAAGAAAGAGGAUUUAAGAUACCAGAGUUUUGAGUUACAAAGCUGGUCACAGAACAAAAUAAACUUGUAUCUCAAGGCACCAGUGUACAGCAUUGCCACUCUAUUCGCGGGACUGAGACCCACCAUGCAGGUAACCCAACCCUAAUAUCGUUACUUGAUUAAUUAUUUAUGUGUGGGGAAAAAAAACAUAAGAAAAUAAUCCCAAAUUAUAAAAAUGUCCAUUUCUCUAAAUAAAUAAAGUUUAAUAAACGCCUAACACCCAUGGCCGGGGUAGGAGGGAAUACACAUUCAUCAGCCACUUCAUUAGGUACACAUUUCCUAUAAACGUCCUGUUAAUUCAAUACCCCUCCAACAGUGUUAAAAAAAACCGCUUAUUAUUUGCAGAGGAAAAACUCGUAAUGUAGCUCUUGCAUUAGAUCUUAUUAGAUUGCGUAAGUGUGCCUAACGAUGUGACCAGUGAGUGAUUUUGCCUGCCUUCGUCUCGUCAUUUCUCCUCAUUUUGUCAUUUAGCUGAUAUGCUAAGCUAAAGGGAUGCACUUAUGUUCUGUGAUACGCUGCGACGUACGUAACAGUGUUGGCGUUUCAUCCAAAAAGUAUUUUUGAAAGGGUAGUGAUUUUUGUAUUCAUAUUACUCUGAUUAUGUUAAUGUUUAACGUUGUGUUGCUGCUUGGUCAUUGUGGACUUGUGUUGCCCUUUGUAAUUGCUUAAGAAAUUUUUGUGUCGCUUGUUUUAUGACCCAGCAGAUACGUUCUCUUACAGUGGCGCAAACGGCCAACAGGGGCUGCCUUUUCCUUCCCCCUCCUGCAUGUUUUCUUAGCUCCGUCAAGAGUUCGUCUGCGCCUCUCUUGUUUAAGGUUUAAUUCAUUACACCAGUACUUUCAGACAUUUUUGGAGUCAAAGCACAUAUUUUACAUUUGAAAAAUUGUCACCGUACACCACCAAGCAAAAAUGUCACAAAAAGUGUAUACACAGGUUAAUGAUGUAUCUUCUGCCAUCUAGUGGAAGAUCAUUCAAUUGUUCUGCCUGUCACUAUAAGUUGCUGACUUAGACAGUUGAACAAAGAUACAUUAUUUGUAGUGUAGAAAUAAUUUUCAGACCACUUGAGUAAAUUGGAUAAUUUUUGACGGCACACCUGAUAAUCUCUCAUGGCACACUGGUUAGGAAUCACAGCAGUACACCAAUAAAGACAAAUACAAAAAAUAGAAAAAUAAUGUAAACAUUUUUUAAACAAUAUUUUUGGCUGCCUAUGAAAGGUCUUAUUUUGUGUUAGCUAAUAAGUCCAGUUUUGGUUCGUCUGUUAGCUUAAAAUAGCUUAAUAGUCAGUUUACCAGUAGGUGGCGCCAUAGAUGCAUGGUCCACUUCUUUUACACAAUCUAUUACUAAUCUAAUUCGCACUUUCUUUUUACUUCCUGUCUAGUAAUUGUUACAUUUGCAUUUAAAGGCAACAUUUAGUCACGUUAAUCACACACUGUGGCAUACAUGCUAAUGUAUCGACUCUUGAGUAGAAACUAGUUGAGGCUAAUGCAGAUUCCACCAGUGUUGUACAUCAAAGGGAGAAAUAAUGUAUCUAUGUCUGAAAAAAAUCCAUCCAUCCAGUGUUCAUCUUAAGGCAAUUUGUGAUCUAUUCCAUCCAGUGUUCACCAUAAGAAGAAUUUGUGAGCUAAUCAGCAGUUUUGUUUCUUGCACAAAAAGGCUACAUUCGUCUUCACACUGCAGUCUGCAGUUUAAAAAAUAAGUCGUGAACUUUUUUUAAACUAUUGAUGGGCAAAAUAUAAGUAAAUAAACAGUAUGACGAUAAAUGAAUAUACAAGGGGGUGCAGUUGUAAGAGUCACACCAAGUUCUUUAUUAUUGUUUUAAUAUUUCUUACGGUCAAUUGAAUGGCCCAACUUGAUCACCAGGCCUCCCCCAAACAAAGUAUGUUUCAGAAAAUAACAACACAGUGGUGAUGAUGUGUAAAUUCACGAGAAGCACGACAAGGAAUUGCCAACAAUAAAGACCUCAGUGCAUGAUUGACUAUAUGAAUGUAAAAUAAAUGUUAAAGGCCAGCGAUUUGAGCACAUAAAAGAUUGUACUAAAUGAUCAUUUGUAUGUUAUUAUUAUUGUGACUUGAUAAAGCUAUUAUUUUUAUUAUAAAAACUAUUCCUACUUUUGCACCCCUUGGUAUAGAUAUAUUUUGUCAUCAGCCACUCCACUUUUAAUGUAAUGCUUUUUAAUAUGCACAAGUUCUCCUAAAGUUGCAUUCAUUUCUCUCGUCACAUUACAUAGAUGACAGUACAAGAAAUAUUCAUGUUGAAUAUAAAACAGUUAUUUCUACGCUUUUUGUUAAUCAAGUAUUCCAAUGCCUUUGUUAUUUCUGCAUACUGUAUGAGCUUGUAGUUAGAUCAGCUCACAACGGAUUCACAAGUCUUUGAUGAGAGUUAACAUGUUAUGCCUGAGCAGUUACAAUAAAGCACGUUUAUUCAUGAUGUA